CUGGUUGUGUUCAGACACAAGAAUCCCCUGAUAACUCAUAGGACAGAUUAAGACACUUAUUGAAGCCCAACAGCUAUGAGGCUCACAAAUCUGUACUUUCUGCUCCUCCUAUUACGUGGAGUCGUUGCCAGGAUGGCGGGAAAAAAGCAGCCACAAAGUACAAGUUAAAGCUUCUGUUUUUGGGAAAACUGUCUCUACAUUGUUGUUGCAAAUGAACUCAGAUUCAGUACAUUUAGCUAUAUUUUUACUAAAGCAAUCUUUUCUAUCCCACUGGUUUGGUGGGAGAAAAAAAAGACUUGCGCUAACAUAUUUGCAAACAUUAUCUCAGGCCAAAACAUAUUGGCGUCCAGGUGAGCGAUGUACAGAUUAUGACAUUGUGAAACACCUGAACCUGAGCAAAGACAAUGCUAUGUACACCAUGGCACUGCCUGUCAAAAAACAUAACCGCCCUCUUGAGGUGGUUCUCACAGAAAAUCCCUGGCCCAUUCUGGAUAUUAAAGAGGUUGACCAGACUUUUGUGACUCAUCUUGGUGUUAAAAUGGAAUGGACCAACGACUACAUUAGGUGGUCUCCAGAUGACUUUUGUGGAAUUGACAAAGUCAUAGUUCCAAGUGAACUUUGAAAGCCAUAUAUAACUAUUGAGGAGAUGGUAGAAAAGGAAAAGUCUCUUUCAAGUCCCUAUCUCAAGAUUAAUUUCAAUGGCACCACAGAGUUUAGGAACAAUCAAGUGGUGAUGACUAGCUGCACAAUGCAUGUGUACAAAUUUCCUUUCGAUAUGCAAACCUGCAACAUCACAUUCCUCUCAAACAUGUAUGAUUCAGAAGAUUUAUACCUGAAAAGUCGCUAUGGCCAUACCACAUACACAACGAAGAUCCAGAAGAGAAUAACACAAUAUGAGUGGUUGUUCUGCAAAAUGACAGUCCAUAACUGGAAGAUAAUUGGGCAUUGGACAUAUUUUCCUAUCACUGUGAAAAGGUGUUCUGUAAUCUAUAUUGUCAACUUCUUGUUGACAAUAUUGUUGCCUAUUCUCUACCUCUUGUGUCUGGACUUAGUCUCACUCCUCAUGUCAGACACUGGUGAUGAAAAAGUUGGCUUUAAAAUUACUGCACUGCUGGCCAUCACAGUCAUGCAGCUUAUUCUCAACGAUAUUUUGCUCUCUUCUUCUGACAAGAUUCCACUUAUAAUGAGGUGCCGUUUAGGGAUAUGUACGAUGAUGCUGCUCAGCCUCAGGGAGACCAUUUUUGUGAUGUAUCUGAUUGAGAAGACAACGAAACAGCCCAAGACCAAGGCCUGGGGAAAAUAUGGUGCAUCUUUGAAUGAUAUAUCAGAAUUUAAAAGGGGUUCUGCAGCCAAAAAGGAUACCAGAAUCCGACACACGGAGGGUCCACUGACAUUGGAGAUGUUUUCAGGUGAGCUGAGGGAGAUGAAGAAAGUGAUUCCUCUUCUCAACACCGAUAAGCAGGAAGAAAAGAGAGGCUACUGGACUAAACUGGCUGGAAGAAUCAACAAGAUUUUUGCAAUAUGCCAUGUCAUAUCCAUCAUUGUAUUUUUACCCAUAAUAUUUUCAUUGUGGACAGGAGAUGAAGAUGUAAUUUGCUAAAGUUAAACACUUCCAGGUUAGAUAAACGUGUAGAGAUUGCUUUGCCUCUCUUUUAUUAAAUGAAACACAUUUCACAAACUGAAGGUUUGUCCAUAUAAAAACAGGUGCAAACAAUGCGACUUUUUAAACAAUCAGAUUGUGUUUUUAUUUUGCAUAUCAAGCCAUUGCAGUUAUUAAAUGUUGAGAGAUAUUAAAAUAAAAAUGAAAGUCA